CACUACGCGUUGUGCUACAUGCGCAACUUUAUCGGUGCCAUGCUUGUCUACUACGGCACCGCCGGCGUCUUUCACUACUUUUGCUACGUGCAUCCCACCACCAGUACUGCAUUUGCGCAAAAUCAUCGGCCACGACCCAGCGCGGCCACCAUUUGGCACCAAAUUAAACUCGCGCAACUCAGUUUGUUCGUUUACGUACUCCUCCCCGUGGUCGACGAAUUUCUCGUGGAGCAGAACUGGACCUGGACCUACUUUACCGUACAAGAAAUUGGUGGUUGGGCGUACUAUCUACUCUACACGGUCCUCUAUUUUGCUCUGGUGGAGGUCGGUAUUUACUGGAUGCAUCGCAAACUGCACACCAACAAGUGGUUGUAUCGGAACGUGCACUUGAUGCACCACGCGUACAACAAGCCGGAAACGCUCACGCCCUGGGCCUCUAUUGCCUUUCAUCCCCUCGAUGGUAUCCUGCAAGCUUCUCCGUACGUGGCGGCGCUCUUUGUCGUCCCCUGUCACUAUCCCACCCAUUUUAUGCUCCUGUUUUUUACCGCCGUGUGGGCGACGUACAUUCACGACGCUAUGGAUUUUAAUAUCGACCCAAUUAUGGGCUCCAAGUACCAUACCGUGCACCACACCCAUUAUGUUUACAACUAUGGGCAAGUUUUUACCUUUUGCGAUCGUAUCUUUGGGACCCUGCGAAUCCCAACGGAGCCCACGGGUGGGAAGAAACAAAUACUGAAAAAGGUGAAUUAA